CCCUAUCUUUGAAUUGUCAAACAUAAAUGUUUUAAUUUUUCGAAAUCAUUAACGGUUUGUUUAUGUUUUAUCCAUUUAACAUUGUAAUCAAAACAUAUUAUCAAAAAUGAACGCUCUAAGCGACAUGAAUGAUGAAGAAUUUGUGCCAUUUUUGCAUAGUUUGGGUGCGGACACUUACAAAAAAUCGUUUGAAUGGAUGUUGAACGAUCGCGACUUUGCGGGUGUUUUACGAUGGCUUCAUAGCAAUUUAGAUCACAACAAUGCUUUGACUGCCCGUGAGGAAUGCCGUUACAUAGAUUUAGAAAAGAAAGGCCAGCUCCUUUCCACAGAAGAUCUGGAAGCUUCCACCAGGCACCUACAGGAGCAGCAUGAAGGUAUUUGUUUACCAGGAGAUAAGGAAGCUAAAGAGGACAUACAACUGGACAUUAAGAUGUUAAAAGAGAGGUUGGUUAUGUUGGAGAAGCAGGAAACAGUGCUGGCAGACUUGAAGAGACGGAAUAAACUGACAAAAGAGGAAUUAUCCCUAGAGAUAUCCAAGCUAAACUCAUCUUACCUUCAAUGGAAGGAUGAUGAGAGUGCAGCGGGUCAAGAGUGCUUGACCCUCGCGCAGGAGGUGGAAACCAUCACUGAUGGACUGCUAGAAGUGAUCGCUGAUACUCUAGAUAUGUACAGCAACUGUCAUUGUGAUAAGGAGAUUGCAAAGAAGUUCUUCACAUUUGGACCGUUUGACACAUACAGACAAUCGCAGACACUAUUCAGGUCUCACUUUGAGCUAUUUACAUCCAAGAGGUUUUCUAGAAGAAUUAAUGAUAGUUCUUCUGAUGAGGAGUUGAAGGCUGUGCUGGUGGAAGCCACAAGCUUGGAGGAAAAAUUGUCUGAUGCAAUAGAGGCUUACAUAGAAUCGAAAGUGGAUCUCGCAGGAGAACAAGCGAAGUUGGCUUUAUUAUCAAACUACAAAGAUGUACAUCCCAGUCAAAUUACAUCGUGCCUACUAGAAGCUCAAAGUGAACUGGAAAUACUGGACCAAGAAGAAACCAUUUUGUAUCAACAAGUGCACAACGCGGCCAGACAACUGGUGGAUACUCGCACCAACCUUGCUGUGGAGACUGUCGCUAACUGUGCUUUAGCUGUUAGACAACAAGUACACAUAGACCUAUCUCACUUACUGGACACAUGUCAGCGAGCUCUCUCCCUGGACCGAGUGCUGUACACAGCGUUACGUCACGAGCUGAAGGCUGUUGAGGAGUUCCUGCAGCUCGCAGACCAGAUCAAGCAGUACGCUGUGGCUGAUGGCAGAGCUGUGCUCAGUAGGAUUGACUCAAUGAAAGCGAUAUGCGCCGAACAAUCUACCUGCGAAGAGAAACUCCAAUCAUCAGACAUUCUAGUCCAAGCAUUACUGCACAUAUUAGGUGCUCAGUCAGGAGACCCAAGUUUAAUAGUAAAGUUGUACAAUGAGACACGAGAUCAAGUGAAGGAGUUACAGCAUAAUGUGGACGAUGAAUGUAGGAGACGAGAGAAUUUUACAGAAAAAUACAAAGAGUCAUCACAGCUCCGUACUUACCUGUAUGACGGCUGCACGCGUCAGCCGCGGCGCAGCGACCGCGCGGUGUCGGCGCUGACGCAUACACUCAAGCAGCACAUGCAGAUAUUCGACAACAGAGUGCUGGAUGCUAGCAAUUUGUUUGCUAGUGUUAAGAACGGUGAUAAGCACAAUCUCAGAAAACUGUGGCAGUGGUUCUUAACUGAUCCAGCUCGACUUCUACAUGCAUUGAAGAAUGCCAACUGCAAUAUUUAAUUCAUAGAAACACCUUAUCAAAGGAAGUGUCUUAACCACGGGUUUAGGAGGUAUGACGUGUGAAAUUGGCGCCCAUUAAGGCUGCCUGUCCACCGGAGCGGAGCUAGGCUUCGGAGUGGAGAAAAUGAGAAAUAUUAACCAAUAGGAU